CAGUUGAUAAAAUGUAUUGGUAAGGGAAGGAUGUGUUGUACGUGUAGGAUUUGAUCAAAUUUUGACUGACCUUUUCUGUGACCUCUUAAAUUUAGUAAAUAACUCUUUGUGACAGUUUAUUUAAUCAACUAGUGUUAGUGAUCUCUUGUUGUUUUUGUUCACUCAUUUAUUUCAUUAUAAGUUAUCGUUAGAAAAUACCAUGUUCAAACUACAAAGUAGAGCGUCGUAACUCAACAUUUGGAUACAGUUCGCAUUCAAUCAACCAAAAAUCAAAAUGUAACUGUUUCCGUCUUCAUACCUAGUUAUUCCACAAUAAUUGUUCUAACCAAUGGGUGCUAAUAUGGGUAAAAAUGCAUCCCUCUUAGAUGCUUUACCAUCCGGCCAAGGUACAUUACAUGUGGUCAUGUUGGGGUUGGACUCUGCUGGAAAAACGACUGCUCUGUACAGAUUGAAGUUCGAUCAGUAUUUGAACACCGUACCCACAAUUGGAUUUAACUGCGAGAAAGUUAAAGGGAUGAUUGGGAAAGCAAAGGGUAUUAACUUUCUUGUCUGGGACGUCGGAGGACAAGAGAAACUUAGGCCUCUUUGGAAGUCGUAUACUCGAUGCACCGAUGGUAUAGUGUUUGUUCUAGAUAGUGUAGAUAUGGAGCGAAUGGAGGAAGCCAAAAUGGAACUGAUACGGACUGUUAAAGCUCCGGAAAACUCUACAGUACCAAUAUUAGUUCUGGCUAAUAAACAAGAUCUACCGGGAGCUCGAGAACCUCGCGAAUUGGAAAAACUAUUGGGGCUCGCCGAGUUAGGAAACGGAGGAGCUCCCGGAGGUCACCUUUGGCACGUACAACCAGCUUGCGCUAUUACCGGUGAUGGCUUGCACGAAGGUUUGGAAGUUUUGUACGAAAUGAUAUUGAAAAGAAGGAAGCUGGCGAAAGAAAGAAAGAAAAAAGAGAAAAUUACUGAACAAAAAUAUAUAUAGAGCAGGCGGAAACCAUCCCUUCAGGAAUUUUUCCUCCUUUGAAGAAUCAAAUAAUUGUGAUUAUAAUAUUUAAAUUAAGCUUUUAUUGAAGUUUUCCAUUCUCUUUAUGUUGUUUCCAUCUUGAACAAUUAAAGAUGAAAUGGUUCUGUCGGUGUUAAGAACUAUAUGAUUCGGAAAAUCCCCACGUUUUCUACAAUUUAACAAAAAAAAAUUUAUUACUAUCAUCUCUAAUCCUUACAUACACCGUCAAAAGCAUCCUUUGAAACGAUCAAUGAAACCAUACACAACGAAUCGUUGAAUUCGAUUAAAUCAUUGCUUAAAAAUUAAUGGUUGAAAGGAUUGGAAGGGAUUGGGGCGGGAGGUUGUUAGAACUUUGGACAAAUUUUUCAUACUGUUCUAUUCUGUCACUUUUUCAUUUCUUUCAACGUUUAAUUUAAAUAUGACAAUAACUGAAUAAUUAUUACAAUUGUUUGAUUCUACAAACGAAAAAAAGUACCUGUAGAGAUGGUUUUCGCGCCCUAUAACAUACUAAAAUUUUAAUGAAAUCGGAGGGCAGUAACCUAAAAUAAAUAAUUGUCAAAAUGCUUCACUGGAGUAUAAACUUAGCUAAAAUUUUAUAAAAAAACAAGAAUUAUUGUUUGAAAAGUUGGAAAGUAUAGUUGAAGUUCAAUCAGAGCAGUUUUACACAUCGAUGAAAAUAUUAACCUUUUAGAAUAAAUUUUUUAAUGAUAGCUGCAGCAUCCAAAUUUUGAUUUGAAAUUACUACAUCUGUCUGUUGAAUAUAAAUCAUAUCCUGUUUUUAAUAUAUGUAAAAAUGAUCAACAGUUUUAUUUUUGUUUGACUAAAUUUAUACAAGAUAAUAAAAAUCUUUGAAAUAAAUUUUUUCCAACAACUAAAAUUAUUUGCAUCACAUCCAGUUAUUGCAUUUAAUAUUACGAAUAAUUUUACAGAUAUUCUAAACACAGUUAUUUUAAUAUCAAACCAAAGGUGCUCGUGACUACAUUUGAUAUUAUUAUUGGGUUGGUAACAAAGUAAUUUCGGUUUUGUAGUAUAAAAUAAAAAAAUUUUUUUUCUACAAAGAACAGUUUCUAAUUACUUAUAUAUAUUUCCGUUUAGCUCAAUGACCUUUCUUUCAGCUUCACGAUUCCGCGCCCAUAAAAUUUUCGGUCCUUAUCAGGAAAAAACUGAACCAGGUGCGAUUGUGAAACUUUGACCGUUCAAAGAAUUCUGUCAACUUCGAAAUAAAUAAUAAUCAGAUGAUGCCAGAUCAGGGCUGUAUAGGGGGUGGAACAUCACUUCCCAGCCAAGCUUUAAUAGUUUCCCAAUUGCUGCCAAAGAUGUGUGAGGCCUUGCAUUAUCAUGGUGAAAUACUCAACCUUUUCGACUUUACAAUGCUGGCCGUUUUCCUUUGAUUGCUUCAUCCAGUUCCAUUAAUUGUUGACGGUAAACAUCAGAAUUGAUCGUUUGGUUCCUUGGAAGUAGAUCAAAAAACACAACACCUUUGUAAUCACAUUGACAACAUGAGGUUUUUUGUUGCUUUUCAGCUUUCGAUGUGGUUUGUGUUGUUUUCGAACUAUGUUACUGUACAAGUCCCAUUUUUCAUCACCAGCGAUGAUUCUUUUCAAGAAAUGGUCGGUUUCUUCACGUUACGUCAAUGUGACCAGUAUCACGUGACAAACGGCAAAGUAGAGCACUAAUAUAAGUUAUUCAAAAAAUAAAGGCGUCUCUAAAAGUAAAAAGCGAAAGUACUUAGCUGCCAACCUUAUAUAUUGACAUGUUAUGACUUUUUACGAAUAAUUUUUCAGCUAAUUGUCGUAGUUAUAAAGUCAAUGACCAAUUGUAAAAAAUGUUGCUUUAAUGCCUGCGUAAAUUUUCAUAACGCAACAGAGCAAGCAAGUUAGACAAUAUUAAUCUGAAAUAAAAAGGGAAAUAAUGAGGACUAUAAUUUAAUAAAGUCUAAUUUUCCUGCUUGAUUAAUAGAUAGCUAUUAAUACUGCAUUGCCCGGUUUUCGAUUUUUUUUGUUUUAUUCCUGUAGUUAGAUAUAUGUUAUUGUAUUAAUUAUUGUUAAAAGACUCGCCAUGAUUGUAUAAGCUAAUACCUGUAAAUAUGUACCUAAAUGUACUAUAUAAUUAUUUCUAUUAAAUUCGUUUGUUUUUUUA